AUGGGCAUCAUCAGUCGCAAAGAGAUUGCAGCAGGCAGCGGGGUCCUCCCAGGAAGCGUUCUGGCUGAGAUCCCUAAGUCCGCCGUGCUGUCCAUUAGGAACACAGUUCUGGCAGCAGAUUUAGCUGCUGCGCACCUGGACUUGGACCCAGCCUUGCGCUUGGCCAUCUGCGCUGAGAGGGCCUUGAAGUCGCGAAGCCGUUGGCAUGGAUACUUCCAGUCGCUCCUCCGACCCUACGAGUCGCUACCGUAUCUCUGGAGCCCGACCUUGCGCGAAAAUCUGCGCGGCACUGAUGCGGAAGACACGGUGAAGGAGCUGAUGAUGGAGCUGGAAGCAGAAGCUCCGCUGAAGGGCGAAAAUGAUCUGGAAUUUGCGGAACUCCGACACAUUCUGGAUAGAGCACCAGCCUUGAAGGGUGUCUCCAUCCAAAUGGAAGAUUAUUUGCAUGCGGCCACAGUGGCGAGUUCUCGAGCAUUCACUGUGGACGACUUCCAUUUGGAGGCGCUAGUGCCUCUGGCGGAUGUCUUCAACCAUCGUUGCCAAAAGGUGCCCAAGGGCGAAGCGGUGCGAGAACUCUCAGGGAAAGCUUCGAAAAAACCGCGGGGCGCAACGGGUGCAGCACGCGAUGCCUUCGGCGUGUGGCAAGGGAAGGUGCCACCGAUGCAAAUUGCGCUAGCUGAGACCACAGAAGUUCAUCAGGCCAACAGGUCUGGCACAGGACCUUCGGGACAUUUGAUGAUUUACGUCCUGACGGACCUUGCUGCAGAUGUAGAGAUCUUCAACACAUAUGGCGAGUUCUCCAAUGACAAGCUGCUCCAAGACUAUGGAUUUGUCUUAGCAUCCCUCGGCUGGAAAGCCAUCCAUUCGCUAUGCGACCAGGAGCAGAAUGCGUUCAACACGGUGACCCUUUCCCGCAGCUUCUUGGAGGUCGCUGGAUGUGGUCGGCAGAUGGCCUGGGCCAUGCAGCACCGGAAGAUGCUGCGACUCACUCAGGAGAACAGCGAUGAUGACAUGGAAGGAGGGGAGGAGGAGGAUCCUGAGGAGGACCCAACUGUGGAAGUCCAUGGAGGCAUCAGCAGCAACUUCGUGACCUUUUUCGAGCUUCCAAACGCCCGCGGACGAGCCCGGAGAGGAAAGAAGUCGUGGCCUGUGUGGCCGCGACAGCUACGAACUUUGUUGGCAGUAUUGUCAACUCCCUGCAGCCAGUUGGACCGCCAAAACUGGCAGAUAAAGCAGAACCAGAGGAGGCUCUGGUGGAAUUUCCGCACGCGCUCCUUGCUACGCCGCGCCCUGCGAAGACGUUGGGCGCAAUAUCCAGAGCCAUGCGAGGCCUCCGAGGACCGUCGACGCUGGCGGAGUUGUAAAGCUGGUGAGACAAAAGAUAGCCUGGGACUCAGAAUUGGAGAGAAAGAGAUCUUGGAACACUUCAUGAAAGAUGUGUCCCCCCUGAGUCGCAAGCGACGCGUUCUGCACGAAUGGCUCGAAAGACAUCCGAGUUCGGAAGGGAGACGUGGCACUGGGCUCGGGUUCGAACUAGAACUGGCUGGGGAUGAGUUUUCAACCUGGAACAUGUUAGUUCAACAUGAAUGGGAUUAG